AUGAACGUGGGAUUUGUUGCGCCAGAGCUGAUUAAUGGCAAGGAAACAAUCACGAUUGAUGAAGCAGAUGUGACGGAGGAAAUAAAGUAUUGGGAGAACGCGAUUAUUCUCUUUGCUCUUGGAGAAACUCUCUCGAUGCACGCUGUGAAGAAUUUCAUGGAGAAAACCUGGAAUUUCGUAGCUCUUCCGGAAUUAUAUUUCAAUGAUUCUGGUUACUUCAUUGUUAGAUUCAAAAGCUAUGAAGAUCUCAGUCAAGUCAUGGAGCAAGGGCCUUAUUUCAUAUAUGGUAAACCUCUCUUCUUGAAAUAUUGGUCGAUUGAUUUUGAAUUGAAAGAUGAUUUACUUAGAGUGCUGCCUCUCUGGAUUACCUUGCCAAAUCUUCCAUUGCACUUAUGGGGAGAAAAAAGUUUAUCCAAAAUUGCUAGUGCUGUUGGUAGGCCUAUCAUGACUGAUGAAUGUACUGCAAGAAAACUACGCAUCUCUUAUGCAAGGGUUUUGGUUGAAGUUGAUAUCACCCAACCGGUGAAGAGAUGUGUUGCAAUUAAAGAUCAUAAUGGUAGGGAAUGGGAGCAGAAAAUAGAUUAUGAGUGGAGGCCAAAGUAUUGCCAUACUUGCCUGAGGAUAGGUCAUGAUUGCUCGCUGAAACAACCUAAUGGUCAGCAGAAACUUGUACAAAAGUUGUGGAGGCCAAAAGGGCAGUCUAAAGAUCAAGUGGCUGAGGGUCAACAACUGGACAAAAAGGAGGAAGCACCCCUAUCUGAGAAGAAUGAGCCUGUUGAGGAAUGGACUACAGUUAGUUCUAAUAGAACUGAUAAGGCUAAGAAGAAAAUUAUUUUCACCCCUGUUAAUGAGAUGCCUGUUCAGAAUGUGUUCACACCUCUUGGGAUUGGAACUGUCCCAGAGGUGGGAUGCAGUAAUGGUUAA